AUGUCUGACUCUGAGAAAGGAAUCGAAAAGAAGGAAGGAGGUUCAGAACACAUCAACCUCAAAGUUGUUGGCAAUGACCACAACGAAGUUUUCUUCAAGAUUAAGCGCUCCACUCAACUCAAGAAGCUGAUGGACGCAUACUGCGAACGUCAAGGAAAGGCCACCUCCUCCGUGCGCUUCCUUUAUGAUGGUAUUCGAAUCCAGCCAACAAAUACGCCAAAUGAGCUUGAUAUGGAAGAUGGCGAUUCCAUCGAUGUUAUGGUGGAACAAAUUGGAGGCUGUUAA